AUGGUUAAAUCACUGCGACGAUCUAUUUCAAUCAUUGUAUCGGUAAUUAUUGCAUUUACUUUUGAGCAAAAUGCUGAUGCCCUCCAGAUUUUUAACCAAGCCGUUAAUAAUUAUUGCACAGAAAGUAACUCCGCAACAGACUGUCCUAGUAAUAUACCAGUUCAAGUCGGUUCAAUUCGUUCAGAUAAAUCGAUUCUCAAUAUAGACUAUUUUGAUCUCAAUUUAUGUCUUGUACAAUCAUCCUAUUUACCAGUUAAAAGCGUCGGUCAGGGAUUACUAGCGCACUUUUAUCAUCGGCCAUCAUUUAAUAUCUCAUUUGGAUUGAAUCAAAGAAAUGUUCAAAUAUGUAAUGUAACGUACAAUCACAAUAACUCAAUCAGCAAGAAAAAAUUUGAUAAAUUAUUAUAUGCCAUCCGGAAUAACUAUAUGUUAUACUGGUCAAUCGAUGAUAUGCCGCUUCGUUGGUGCUAUCCUGUUAUAGCUGGAAAUAAGAGAUUUUGUACCGAUGGUUUUCCUAUUGGAUGUCAUAUCGAUAAGCGAGGAAAAAUGACCACGGGUUGCUAUUUACUUGAUUUACCUUCAUUAAAUGAUGUAUAUGUUAUUUUUAAUCAUUUAGAUAUAGAGAUAUCAUAUACAACUAAUUAUAUGUCCGAACGUUCAAUGUUAAUUGCAGCUGUGGUCCGACCACGUAGUCAAACUAAUAAUAUUAGAAAAACAAAUACCGUUAUUUCUCCAAUUCUAUCAAGAGAUAGUAGCAAGAGAAAUUCAAUCGUGAGUUGGUCGUAUACUUAUUCAAUUAGCUAUAAGCGCAUAAUAUCAAAUAGGAUAACGCGACGAGAUUUUUUCGCCAGCUACAGCCCGUAUUCUUUUAGGCAGUGUAGUAGCCUAUUUAAUAUCUUAUUAAUUGUUACAUUUCUGACACUUAUGAUUGUUAGAAUAUUUUACUAUUCUUUUGGUAGAAGCGAUGCAAUGAUUUCAUCAGUAAGAAGCAAUCAAAUUAUGCUAAAGCAUGGAUGGAGAGCAAUUCGUGGCGAUGUAUUUAGAUCUCCAAAAUAUUCCUUGUUAUUAUCUGUUUUAACUGGUUCAGGUAUACAGUGUUUGCUGGCAACUUUUUAUACGCUAGCACUAGCAUGGAUUGGCUUUAUAAGUUUUAGUAAUCCUUCAGAAUUGCUAUCGUCGGCUAUUUUAUCAUAUGUUUCAUCUGCAAGUACUGCUGGCUAUAUAUCCGCAGUUACUUAUAAGACUAUUGAUGGCAAAGAUUAUAUUCUUAGUUUUAUUAUGACACCAACGUUAAUACCUGGCAUUUUCCUUGCUAUUCUCUACAUACUGAACUCUAUAUCACUUAGUAUGGUUACUCUAUCAACCCCACCACAAACAUUUAUAUUAUUGCUAAUAAUGUGGCUAUUGGUAUUAUGUCCGCUAUCUUGUAUUGGAUCCUACUUCGGUUUUAAACGAGAAGCAUUACAGUUACCUGUCAAGCCAAGUAAAACGCCACGACAAAUCCCUGAGUAUAAGUUCUAUAAAUAUCCUCUACUUGGUGUUGCUAUAGCUGGUGCUUUAAUUUUUUCUGUAGUUGUAGUACCGAUAUCUGUCUUUCUAGAUUGCCUUCAAACACAUAAUAUUAACGAAUCUUACGGCUAUUCUAUUCUCUAUUUUAUUCUAACAAUAUUGUUAUGCAUUCAGAUAUCAGUUUAUUUAUGUCAUUUAUAUUUAUGUGCUGAAAAUUAUCACUGGUGGUGGAGGGCAUUUCUAGCUGGUGGAUCAGUCGCUAUAUUUGUUUUAUUAUAUAGUUGUUAUUUUUAUCUUACUAGAAUAUCGUAUAGUUCUAAUGCCUAUAGUAUGACAUAUUUCAUAGUCUACUUUGGCUAUUGUACCGUCUUAGCAAUCUAUUUUAGCCUAAUGACAGGUAGUAUUACUUUCAUUGCUGCCUUUAUAUAUGCCAAGUUUGUUUAUCAAUACGCCAAUAUGGAUAUCAUUCAAGUCUGA